AUGCAUGGUGUGAUUAAUUGUAAGGCCUCUUCUGUUCCCAAGAUUGGAAGAUUGCCCUUUGAUUUGUCGAAUUUUAAAGAUGGGCAUGAUAAGCCAGGAAAAAUUUGGUCCCAAAAUGCGUUUGUGAGGGCGUAUUAUAGGUUUCUUGAUCAGAAAUCGAUUUUUGUUUUCCAGACGUGCAAUGGGGAAGGAAGAGGAAUUAGGGGGAUAGAUGCACACCAUGUGUUUGUGGUAAUGCAUGAGUUGGUUUUGUUGCAGAAAUUGCAGAGUUUGCUUGAUUUGUUGAUGCAGAUUAAGCCACUUUCGAAAGCAGCUAUGGUUCCUCUCGUAUUUGAGGCAAUGGAUUGGAUUAUAAUCGAGAUCUUUGACGUUUAUGGGAAUAUUUGCAGAGGGAUUGCCACUGUUUUGAUGAAUAUUUAUUCUUCUGGUAAGGUUGAAGCAACAAUGGCACUCAAAAUUGUGCAGAAGGCAAUGAUUCAAGGUGACCAACUCUCUUCCUACUUUGAGUUUUGCCAUGACAUUGGUUUGGUGAACUCCUCAGAAUUGCCUUGCAUUGAGCGCGCACCUGACGAGGGAAUCCAAGAACUCCAGCAGAUAAUCGAAGGGUUCCCGGAUAAAUUUGGGGAUGACGAAUACGAAUUGGUACCAAAUCGACAGGAGGAGAAAGCCAAUGUUGUGAUGGAUUGGAGGAAUGAUUUUAAAACUAUAAUCACAGAUAAUUGGGAGAAAUUCGACGAAGAAAAUUCUACAGAAGUACCAAAGAAUCCAUUUAUAGCAGCCUCAUUGACUCUACCACCUCCCCAACAACAUCAUCAUCAAGAAUUGCCAGAUUUGAUCAGCUUCUUGUAG